GGUGUUUGCGGCAAAGGAAAUAACAUCAUGACGUCACAUCCAGCCUCCCUACGUAGGUACCUGCCUCACCACAACAUUCUUCCUCCUAGACCAGGAACAUCCAUCCAAUCUUAAAAUCACCCCAACAUGUCGACCCAACUCAAACUCCUCGCCAACUACGGCGUAACCGGCUUCCUCCUCAGUACCGGUCUCUUCGCCCUGCUAGCCCCCACCACCUUCGCCGCCGGCUUUGGCAUGCCCAUCGAAGCCGACACAUUCGCAUCUGGUUUCGUCCAAUGUAUGGGCGGUCGCAAUUUAACUUUUGGUAUCAUCGCGGGCAUCUUCUUGCAACGAGAAGAUGUAAAGGCCGUGGCAUUGAUGGCGACGAUGUUGGCGGUGGAUGGAUUCGUGGAUGGGCUGGUGACGAUGAAGUAUGCCGGACUGGGGUUUGCCUUGCCGCAUUUUGGGGCAGCGGCGAUUAUUCCAUUCGUGAGUCGAUGGAUGGCGAGUUAG